AUGAGUUUAGAGUCCCUGUUCCAGCAUAUCAUCGUCUCUGAGCUUCAGGCCAAGGAGAGUCGCCGCCUGAUGCGAGAAGUCAGGUCGGAAAUAAACGGAUGUCGUGAAAAAAUUAAAAAAGCAACGGAGGAGCUGAAUGAAGAGAAAAUCAAGUUGGAAUAUAAGGUAUAUCUAUUUUUUGAAAAAUCCUUCCUCUUACAGCUUUUGAAAACUCAUGAAAAUGCUUUAGAAAGGCAGUGCAGUGAAAUUACAGACCAAAGGAAUAUGCUUCUCCAAACCUUUGAGGCUAUGAAGAAAAAAGUGACAGAGGAGGAGGAAAAAUUUAUUAAGGAAAUUACACAUUUCAAUAAUGAGUAUGAAAUAACAAAGAAAAGAGAGCUUUUGAUGAAAGAAAAUGUGAAGAUUGAAAUAUCCGACUUAGAAAACCAGGCAAACAUUUUGAAAAGGGAAAUGAAGUCAAUGGAACAUGACAAUGGCCAGUUAAAUGAACUUCAAAAGCAAAAGAAUGAACUAAUGCAAGAAUUAUUUACUCUUCAGAGAAAAAUUAAAGUUUUUGAAGAUAAAGAGAAUGAAGCCAUUUGUACUACAAAAUACCUAGAGACAGAAAAAAUAAAAAUCAAUGAAAAGCCUCAAAAUGAUGCUGAGUGCUUAAGACUUAAAAAAGAAUUAGAACUUUAUAAGGAAGAUGACAUGCAAAGUGUUCAUGAAGCUCUCCAAGCAGAAAUCGAAUUUUUGGAGUUGACAUUGGCACAGAAAGAUCUUCAGGAAAACAAAUAA